AUGAAAGAUCCUUCUGUUCUCUUGUCGAAGGGAGUUCAGCUCAUGGACUCAGCAAAUGGAUGCCUUUUGACUUGUGACAAUGAGAAAGACUUUGAAAAUGUGAAGAAGAUGUUUACCCAAGAUGUCACGUUGGAUGACUUGGAAGAGUGGAAAUCCAGUACAGAAAUGGAGCUGUAUACUGCUAAAAUUUUUUUAGAAAAAUCGCGCUACUAUUUGAGUUUAAGUCCACCAGAUCUCGUACAAUCUUUGGAAAAGAUAUGGUUUUCGGCAGUGUUCGCCGUUAAAAAAUUAUUUCUGUUAUCAGGAGGAAUCAACUUGAAGUCUCAUAAAGCUUUAUCUUAUUUUUGUCGGUUUGCUAUCGCAAACUCUGAAUUGGUUGGUAAACGCAUUGUUUUUCUCAUGGACUGCUGGACAGAAGCAGAACAAAUGCAUCAGGAUGCCUAUGGAUCAUGGAACUACCGGCCACACGAAUACUCUCAAGUUAUAAGCAAUGUUGAAAUAUUUGUGAAAGAAUUCCAAAAUUUCGAUCAACGCAAGAUAUGGGAUAACUUCGAGAAAACUUUCAUCGUCAACACAAAAAAAAUGUUACGGUUAGAAAAGUUUCUCCACAGGCUGUUUAUCUUGGUGGAUCUCAACUAUCAGUUUGCUCUCCUCUCUUCCGAAAUACCUGCAGAACAGUAUGAAGCAGUUCAGGAUAAAUUAGAACAAGCUAGAUUGAAUAUGUCGGAGAAACUAAGUGCUGGAGGAAUCAAUGCAACGCUCCUUGCUGCGUUGACAAAACCAAAAACAUUCAACUCACUACAUUCUCCGGACGGAUUUGGGAACUUCCCUGCUUUCAAUCGCUCUGUAUCGAAGUUUCCUUGGUUCCCUAGAAACCAUACUUGGGUCAAUCCUGGUUCAGAAGGAACGACAGUUCUUCCUGCUUCACCUUUAAAUGAUCUGACGGACAUUUCUAAGAGAUUCCGCAACUUCUCAAUGCCCGCCCGGCUGGACCCAUAUUAUGAUAGAAUGGUGGAGUUGGCUGAGCAAAACAAAACGAGUGAUCUUAAGGCGUUGGUUCAAGACGUCCUUCAGAUACAACCUCAAGACAACCCCUUGCAAACUCUUAUAAAUUUGUUCAAAAGUCGAGCGCCCACUCACGACGCACCUUCACUUCCAAAAAAUUUGACAAACACCAGCGAUAAGAAAACAAUGAGCGAGAUGUUGUCUUCUAAAGUGUCCGAAGUGAUGAGCUCCGAUCAGAUGAAAACUAUAAAAAGCAAAUUAGAAACUGCAUGGAAUUCUAUAUAA